GCGGCUGUAAACAGGAUUGUUCAGUUGUACUUCCGGUGUCAUAGGUCAACUCGUCCCAGAAGGAUUCAGGACUCGACAACAUCAACCAGAAGCGACUAAAACUCAUAAAAAUCAUGUCUCACACCAUUCUGCUGGUGCAGCCCACCAAGAGGCCAGAGGGCAGGACAUACGCCGACUACGAAUCUGUCAACGAGUGCAUGGAAGGUGUGUGUAAGAUGUACGAGGAGCAUCUAAAGAGAAUGAACCCCAACAGUCCGUCGAUAACGUAUGACAUCAGUCAGCUGUUCGACUUCAUCGACGACCUGGCAGAUCUCAGCUGUUUGGUAUAUCGCGCCGACACACAGACGUACCAACCGUACAACAAGGACUGGAUCAAAGAGAAGAUCUACGUCCUGCUUCGUCGCCAGGCCCAGCAGGCGGGGAAGUGAGGGGCCGCAGGGAGUUUCACAUGUCACGUGUCUGUCAAUCAGUUCCAGUCACUUGUUUUUGAAGAGUUUUUGACAACAUUUAGAAUUUUUUUUUCUGGGAGACAACUUUUGUAUUUGAAUGUCUUAUUAAUAAAAAUAUCCUUUAAAUAACAUA